AUGACUCUGCGGAAGAGCGCGCAGCACUUGAAAAGUCUGCUUCGGAAGCGAGAAAACAUCCUUGGUUCUGCUAGACUUAUCGAGCAGUUUAAUGCAGAUUAUGAUGCAAGUAAGGCUAAUCAGCUACAGAUACGUAUCGAGCGGUUAAACCAACUGUGGGACAAGUUUGAAGACACCGAGGAUGAAAUUGAAGCAUUCGAAGACCAGGAAGAAGGGUUUUCGGAAAUUCGUCAGGAAUUCCAGAAUCUUUAUUUCGAACUCAAAUCAUCUCUAGUGAGUAAAAUUCCGAUUCCCGCACGAGCACCCUCGAGUCCCCCUGCUGCUCAUUCAUCGACAUUUUGUGUACCCCCUGCUAACCACUUGGUGUCCGUCAAGCUACCCGAAAUAAAAAUUCCCGAAUUUGGAGGGAAAUCCGACGAAUGGUUUGAAUUCCGCGAUCUAUUUAAAUCGUUGGUUCACACUAACUCUCAAAUUUCCGCGGUGCAAAAACUUCACUACCUACGUAGCGCAUUGAAGGGUGAAGCAUCGCGAUUAAUUUCUUCGCUUACAAUAACAUCGGAUAACUAUUCUAUUGCUUGGAAAACAAUUAGUGAUCGUUACGAAAAUAAAAACUUCCUUGUCAAACAACAUAUGUCCGCUAUUCUGAAGAUUCCUCAUGUCAGAAAGGAUUCGGCUUUUGGUCUUGCCGAACUCGCUGAUGAAUUCAACCGACACUUUGGCAUCCUGGACAAGCUUGAGUCUGCCGAGGCUCACUGGAACUCAUUUUUGGUUGAGCGUUUGAGUAACUUAUUGGAUGAAAAGUCUUUGUUAGAUUGGGAGUCUCAGUGCGAGGAGAAUCAGGUUCCGCAGUAUCAAAACCUAUUAAAUUUUAUACACAAACGUUCACGUACACUACAAAUGUGCAAAUCUACGCACAGUCAACUCACCACAAAUCCAACAAAACCAGUGAAAAUUAAAUCAUCCACUCACGUCGCCUCGGAGAAUAUUAUCAAAUGCCCAAACUGUAAGCAGACACACGCACUAUCGCAAUGUGAGCUGUUCUUGAAACUGAAACCAAAUAGUCGGUUGGACUUCGUCAAAAAACACCAGCUGUGUAUCAACUGUCUUCGUGGUGGACACAUGGCUAGGGACUGUCGCAGCAGUUUGUGCAGGACAUGUACGAAGAAACACCACUCUCUACUCCACCUUCCGCCGAUCGCUUCAGUGCCAGCAGUGAUAGAAGAAGAGGAAUCAGCAUUAUCAACUUGCACGGCUGUCUGCUCGACAGAAAGCUUUGUCCACCCAGUGAACACUUCGUAUUCGGUUUCGUUUGCACCGUCGGUGGUACCUUCGCGCAAUUCACCACAGCCAUAUGGUUCGUCGGUAGGUUCCUCUUUGUCGAAAUCGUCCGCCGUCGGUAACCCCUCCCUGUCGUCGUCGAUCAAUUCGGUACAUCGUUCCGAAUCAGAACCACUAUCCUGCCCUCAGGCAUCUACCCAUCGAAAAAGCUACGAGAUGCGUGGCUCGCAGUCGAAUUUUGUGUCAGAGUCAUUGUGCCAGAAAUUAGGGCUCAAACGUAAUCGCAUCAAUCUACCAAAAACUGUGCUGGGUUACGUGGUGUGUGGAAAAUACUCAACACCUUCAGUCGGAACGGUGGCAUGCCAUGUUGUCACGGAACAAGAUUUAAAUUCCCAGCUCGAAAGGAUGUGGGAAGUUGAAAAUCUGGAUGUUGGAAAGAGUUUUACGCGAGAAGAGCAAGAUGUCAAGGAUUACUUUCUUCGCACGGUAAACCGUGACGUUGCUGGUCGUUAUACGGUACGGCUUCCCUUCCGUGAAUCUAUAGUUCCACUGCUAGGAGACUCAUAUGAACCUGCAUUACGUCGUUUUGUCCAAAUGGAGAAACGAUUCGUUCGUGACAGGACCCUGUAUGAUGAGUACGUGAAAUUCAUGGAUGAAUAUGAGCGAUUAGGGCACAUGGAAGUGAGUUCUGUCGAAGGCCCGCAGUACUUCCUCCCACAUCACGCUGUUCAUCGCCCGGAAAGCAGCACGACAAAAAUCCGCAUAGUGUUCGAUGCGAGCCGCAAGGGAUCGGGCUCUCUUUCCCUCAAUGAAGUCCUCCACGCUGGGCCCACAGUCCAACCACCUUUACUCUCCACGAUUUUAAAUUUUCGGAUGUACCAGUACGUGUUUACGGCAGAUGCGGAAAAAAUGUUCCGCCAAAUUUGGGUCGACCCAGAGGACCGCAAAUUUCAACAGAUCAUUUGGCGACGGGAUCCGUCGUUACCUCUCGAAAUUUAUCGAUUGAAAACGGUGACCUACGGACUUGCCGUUCCAAGCUGCUAG